GUCAGGGACCUACCAUUGUGGAGUCAUAAAAGAAAAUUGUUUUCUAAAGGAAUUUACAAUUCUAUAAAAGAAUGAAACCAGAAUAUAAGGUCUCUUUAGCCCAUUUCCAUCUUGAUAAGAGCAAAUAUGGAGACACCCCACAAGGCGUUAAUGAAGAUGUGGAAAAUCUAGGAUUCUGCAAACUUGGAUGUGCCUUCUCCAUGUGCUCCACUAUUAGCACUAAACAGAAACCAAACGGAGAAAAGGUUGAUAACUGUGUGGGAUCCUGCUCAACAAAGUGCACUAAGAACUACUCAUUACCCUGAAGAAAUUGGUCAUAUAUUCGACUCGACUCAACUCGUCAAUGUUAUAAGACGUUAAAUUUUCUAACUUAGUGAUAUAAGCAUGUCUAUGUUAACUUCAAUUCGAUGAUGUUAUCAGUACCC